AUGAUCGUCGCUAGUGUCCUUUGGCAAGGACAGGAUCCUUUACUCCUGCUUUCUCUCUACUCCUCUUCUCCGGCUGCAUUCGUUGAGGAGGCUCCCCAGCAGCUCUCGGACACACCUUCGUCUGCUAUCGGCACUGGUGGGAUCAGCUCGUCGUGUUGGGCUCUGUCUUCUCAACGCUUCCUCCGAUACUUCCCCCUUCGCGGUCUCUCAAGUCUCUCCCCGUUUCUCACUGCCCCAUCGCCUCCAUCCUUUCACCACAACCGCGGCAUCGCCCCAGAAUAA